AUGCCGGCACCGACGCGCAACCAGCGUAUCUUUAAUUCUGUCUUCGGUAGGGCGGAUAUUUCACAACCAACCCCCGUUGCGACCCCAGCGACUGGCUUCACAGCUCCUGGGGAGGCCUUUGGAGUGCUGCCGCCAGCGCCCGUCCAGCGAAAUACUUCAUCACUUCCCUCGAUCUAUAGUGGCUCCCUGAAUCCGAAAGGCACUGGUCCAGAUGGCCAUAUUCAGGAUCAAGUUCGCUGGGAUCGCUCCUGGCAUCUUCUUACCCGGACGCUUUCCCUCCCUGCCUUCCCCGAGAGCAGAGGCAUAUUGGAACCGCUCAAGCCCGAAAGAGAAUCCAUGGCCCCGGAUUUUUACAGUGCUCUGGAAGAUGUUCUGUACCCCGAGGUCAACGUUCCAUUUGCACGCCAGACAGAGGAUAUUAUUGCCUGGCAUGCAUCUCAAGUCCGACACCACUUUCUGCACCAAGUUCUCCCAGUCGUCUUACGUUUAAGAAGUCAUGAUACGCCAGAUGAUACGCCAGAGAGGGUUCUUCUCAAGUCUGUCAAGGUGCUGGAAACCGCUUACCGGCAAUACGUUCACGGGUUGUCGUUCAUCAAGGAGCAAAUCGAUCUUUCUUCACCGGGAACAUCGAUUCCAAUCAUGGCCAAAUUCUGGCGAGACCUUGAUGCCGUCAUCAGCAAUUCGGCGAUGGAACCUUUGUCGAAAGAUCUGAAAAAGGUCAUGAGACGAUAUGUUUUCUCGAUCCUCGGUCUUUCACGAGACCAGCCUCGCCAUGUCCCAAUGGCAAUUUCACCUGCAAGCCACGAGACGGAAAAGUCGGUUCGAGAGCUGCUUGGAUUGAUCGAGUCUUGUAAGAAGGUCGGAUUAGCCGGAGAGCGGUUCCAGGUCAUCUUCGCCGAGAUCAUGAACGACGCUACGAUGGAGUACGUGCAUGUGGCCUGCCAAGGCGUCUGGUCUUUACAGGAUUCGGGAAAACUGGUCGCUGCCGUAGGCCGCAACUCGAUUCUUCCACGGACUGCUCAUAACCUGGCUCCGUCGUGGUGCGUGACAGACCUGUGUGAGUGGAUCGAGAGUAGGCAUAGCCAGCUUACUAUUCGAGUUCUUCGUAUGAUCAAUCCCGAGGCGGAAGUUUCGUGGACAGAAAAAGAAAAAUUCAAGGAGAUGGGGAUUGGGAUGCUUGCUGAGCUUCGGACCAAGGAACUGUUUGACAUAGUUGGUAAUUGGCCCAAUAGCAACGGAGCUUUGGAAGACCUUCGAACAGCCAUCACAACCCCUCAGAGGCGUCUACGCUUAACAGAGGUUUUCUCCGAGACUCUGAAAAGCAAACUUCUGCACCCAGGCACUUCGACACUACAGAUACUGCAAACCUACAUAUCUAUGAUCUGGUCAUUCCAUUCUCUAGAUCACUCCAAGGUUCUACUGGAUCGAGUCGCUUACCCUUUGCAGCUUUAUCUUUGCUCACGGGAAGAUACGGUGCGGAUCAUCGUUACUGGAUUGCUUUCGGAUACGCAUGAUGUCCAGGGGAACCCAAUUGGCCAUGGGAGCGACAAGCUGGUGGAGCUGGCACAACUUCUUAACAGCGGCUCGGACCAGGUUGGGGCACUAGCAAACGACGAGGAGCUCGACUGGCACGACAUGGACUGGGUACCUGAUCCAGUCGAUGCCGGCCCGGGGUACAAGAGGUCUAAGAGUGCUGAUAUCAUAGGAACUCUCAUUGGAGUCCUCGGAUCUCAAGACGUCUUCAUAAAGGAGUUUCAGAAUAUUAUAGGAGAGAAUUUCUUGAGGCACGAUGUCCUCGAGCUCUUGAAAACCCGCUUUGGAGAAGCGCCGCUGCAGGCUUGUGAGGUCAUGCUCAAGGAUAUUCAAGAUUCUCAAAGAGUGGACAACUACAUCAGGAAAACACAGCAUCUGGAACCAAGUGAUAUAGAAAUAUCCGUAGCCCAACAAAAACGCGCCAGCUCCAAGUCGGAUGGGCCCAUUCACCCCGAAGGCCAACUCAAACCAUGUUUGCAUGCGAAGAUCCUGUCCAGGCUAUUUUGGCCACAGCUACAGGACGAGAGCUACGUUGUUCCGGAUUCAGUCCAGUUCCUUCUACCGAGAUACGAGCUAGGCUUUGAAGCGCUCAAAACGGCUCGCAAACUGACCUGGCUUCAUUUGUUGGGCCAGGCUACAGUUGAGCUGGAUUUGGAAGACCGUAUGAUCACCGAGGAAGUCCAUACAUGGCAGGCCUCAGUCAUCUGGGCCUUCGACAGCAUCGAGCCGGGUCUACAGAGGACUGUGCAGCAGUUGGUGACCAGCCUCAAGAUGGACGAAGCGCUAGUUCGAAGCGCGUUGAGAUUUUGGGCCGACAAGCUUGUGCUGCACGAGAUCACGCCGGGUACAUACGCCGUGCUUGAGACCCUCAACCAGGAAGAUCGUGCCCGGGCAGAUGCACAAGCUGCCGCCUCAGCGGCGACGGGUGGGAAUGACGAGAGCCAGGAUGAUACUGGGUUGGCGGCCACCGAUGCUAUAGCGAAGGAGAAGACGGGGAUGUAUUGGCAGUUUAUUCAGGGUAUGUUGACCAAUAGUGCCAAGGAGAUGCCGCUGCCGAGGAUUGCGAUGAUGUUGAAGGUGCUCAUUGUGGACGGGUUCCCGUACAGCAACGAGGAGCUGCAAGACUUCUUGGGGAGGAAAGUUGCGGAUGGGAGCUUGGAGUUGACUGGGGGGAAGUACCGCCUUAAGAAGUGA